AUGUUUGGAAAUUCCAAAUUUAUUUUUUUGUGACACUUCGUCGCCGCGGCCCGCUUGUGGCAUUUCGCGUCGGGUUAAAAAAAGAUUUUUUUUCGGUGGCAGUGCUCAAAGAGACCCGGAGGAAAAGAAGGCUUUGGCUUUUCGAGACGAACAAUUUGGUCAAGUUAGUCUUCUGAGGCUGGGCGAUCUUCGAGUGAGUUUUGGAGGUCAUGGAUAAUAUCCAAAAAUUUCAGUUUUUUUUAUUUCUGUUUGUCUUUUAGGUACUUUUAUUUUCAUUGAGUAAUAAGUGCUUGUGCAGAGUAUCAAAUUACUUUUGUUGUUGCAGAUAACGAAGGCAACGGAAGGCUUUCGAGGAAUCUUAUCGGGAUGCGUUGAAAUGGGUGCAACGGCGUCAUCUCACCUCGAAAAAGAACUCAAUUCCGACUCAUUGAUGGGAAACGAGAGGUUUUAUGGACUUGUGAAUGUGAGUUUGAAGCGUUUUGUUUUGAUGUUUGGUGUUUAGUUUGGUAAUACGUGCUACUGCAACUCGGUCCUUCAAGCGCUCUACUUUUGUCAGCCGUUCCGUGAACGGAUCUUGGCCUACAAGCAGCAGCAACGGAAGCUCGGUAAGCUUUCUGUUUCUACUUUUUUUCACUACUAAUUUACAAGCUUAACUUUGGCAGCUUUCGCCAAAUUUCAUAUAAAAUAUAUUAUUCAUCAUGGAUAACAUGUUUUUGCUAUUUCACCUGUUCUGAUGUUUUAAUUUUCAGGAGGGCAGAAAGACAAUUUACUAGGAUGUCUGGCGGAACUAUUUUGCAAUAUCGCCACCCAGAAGCGACGAGUCGGAACAAUUGCACCCAAACGUUUUGUGACCAAGCUCAAAAAAGAUAACGGUAAGAGUCAAGAUUUUCCUGACUACUAAAAAAAUACAAAUCAUUAUUACAUUAUAUUCUUUGCUUUCAGAAUUGUUUGACAAUUUUAUGCAACAAGAUGCUCACGAAUUUUUAAAUUAUUUGUUAAAUGCGAUAUCGGAGGCGUUGACCGCGAAUGAAGAGAAGAAAAGAGAACAUCAGAACGGGACUAUCAAGGUUAAUGGCGUCAAGAAAGGAGUGAAUAAUCCUGGGAAUGAGAAGUAAGUUCAUUUAAUUGCUUAUUUUUGGGAUUUAGGACAUUGUACUUGACGAGAUAAAUGAUAGGAGCAUAACGGGGUACAUUCAGUUCUGAUUCGAAAGAAUCAUUGUUAAUAUUCUCGAGUUCUCUUCUCAAUAAUGUAGGAGUGUAAAUGGUUAAUCUCAAAAAAAUGGUUCUGAUAUUUUUGGGUUUGCUCUCAAUACAAGAUGCGGUGCAUUUCAGAGCUAAUGAUGGUAAAUCAGACCUGACUUGGAUUCAGGACAUCUUUCAAGGCACUUUGACCAACGAAACUCGAUGUCUUAAUUGCGAGACUGUUAGUAGUAAAGAUGAAGACUUCCUUGACCUCAGUGUAGAUGUUGAGCAGAAUGUGAGCAUCACCCAUUGUCUGAAGAACUUCUCGAACAUGGAAACGUUAUGUGGAGAUCAGAAAUACUACUGUGAGAACUGUUGUUCGAAGCAAGAAGCUCAGAAGAGAAUGAGGAUAAAGAAGCUGCCAAAGCUUUUAGCUUUACACCUAAAACGGUUCAAAUAUGUGGAACAUUUGAAUCGAUAUACCAAACUCUCUUAUCGAGUGCUGUUUCCAUUGGAGUUGAGGUUGUUCAACUUGGUAAGAAGAUUUUUUUAUUUUACACAUGCGGUCUGAAGGGCCUUUUCCAGAUGUCCGAAAUUAAUUAAUAUUUUCUAGAAAGAGGAGAACAAUGACAAACUCUAUGAUCUCGUGGCGGUGGUGGUUCAUUGUGGCUCCACCCCCAACCGUGGGCAUUACAUUACACUGGUCAAGUCGCAGAACUAUUGGCUUUUGUUUGACGAUGAUAUUGUAGAUGUAAGUAUUAUGUAUUUUUAUUUAUUCUGUGUUUAGAAAAUCGAGGAAAGCACCCUUGAAGACUUCUUCGGCCUCUCUGAUUGUAAUUCGCAAAAGAAUUCCGAGUCUGCAUACAUCUUGUUCUACCAGGCCAGGGAAGUGUAA